GUAGGGGCGCCGCCGGGCUGUGGUUCGUUCGCGGCAGGGUGAACCGAGCCGGUUCAGUCAGCUCGAGCCCGCGCCCCGCCCAACCGCCGCAUGCUGGGGGAUGUCGCGCUGCAAGGAAGGGCGGGCGAGCGCCGCCGCCGCCGCCACGUAUGUGGUGGGGGUCGAUGUGGGCAGCAUAAUGCUGCGCUGCCACGUCUACGACAAGACAGCCGAAGUCAGAGGCGUUAGCAGCAAGAAGGUAGAAACACUUCAUCCUCAUCUUGGCUGGGUUGAACUAGAUCCUGAAGUUCUGUGGACUCAGGUCACAGAUGUAAUAAAAGAGGCAGUACAAGCUGCAGGACUACAAAUGAAUCAAAUUGCUGGUCUUGGCAUCUCAACACAGAGAGGAACUUUCAUUACAUGGAACAAGAAGACAGGAAAACCAUUUCAUAAUUUUAUAAGCUGGAAAGACCAAAGAGCUGCUGAACUUGUAAAUUCCUGGAACAGAGGUGUCAUAUUGAAGGCAAUCCACGUUAUCUCUACAAUUCUUUACUUUUUGACUCGGAGUGAUCGAUAUUUGACUGCUAGUUCAUUGACUUUCACAACACAACAUGUCUCUUUGAGGCUGUCCUGGAUUUUACAAAACAUAACUGAGGUACAACAAGCAGCCAAUGAAAACAAUUGCUGCUUUGGAACAAUUGACACAUGGCUGUUAUAUAAACUCACCAAAGGUUCUGUGUAUGCUACAGAUUAUUCAAAUGCCAGUUCAACAGGGAUUUUUGAACCCUUUCAGAUGUGUUGGAGUUCUGUUUUGAGCAAAUUAUUUUCAAUACCGAUGUCUAUAUAUCCUCCAGUAGAGGACACAAGUCAUAGCUUUGGUUCAGUUGAUGCUGAAAUAUUUGGGGUGCCUAUUCCAAUAGUGGCCUUGGUAGCGGACCAGCAGGCAGCCAUGUUUGGACAAUGCUGUUUUCAUGCAGGAGAUGUUAAACUAACCAUGGGAACGGGUAUCUUUUGGGAUGUUAACACUGGGAACCAUCUUCAUACGCCUGGGGCAGGUCUGUAUCCAGUGGUUGGUUGGAAGAUUGGGAAAGAGGUGGUCUUCUUAGCUGAAGGCAAUGCAUCAGAUGCUGGCUCUACCAUAAAAUGGGCUAAGGAGUUAGAUCUUUUCACCAGUGUAGACGAGACAUCAAGAAUGGCACGAAAUGUGAUUGAUUCUGAAGGAGUUUGUUUUGUUCCAUCUUUUAGUGGUUUGCAGGUUCUUGUUCCAUGCCCAUCACGGUGGUAUCUGAGGGCCUCUGUGGUAUCUGAACAUCUAAAAACGUUAAUGAAUGUAUCCUCAAAAAAAACACGUGAGGUUCCUGUGAAUGAUCCUUAUGCAUGUGCUUCCUUUAUGGGGCUGAAACCUUCUACUACCAGAAACCAUCUUAUACGAGCUAUGUUGGAAUCUAUCGCUUUUAGAAACAAACAGCUGUAUGAUACCAUUGUGAAACAGAUGCGGGUUCCACUUAGAAAUAUUCGUGCUGAUGGAGGUGUCAGUAACAAUAGUUUUGUCAUGCAGAUGACUUCUGACUUAAUUAAUAAGAAGAUAGACAAGCCUGUAAACACAGAUAUGUCUUGUCUUGGAGCUGCUUUUCUAGCAGGUCUUGCUUUAGGGUUUUGGACUGACAAAGAACAACUGAAGAAACUGAGGCGAACUGAAAUUGUUUUUGAGCCCCAGAGGGACUCUGGAGAAUACAAACUUGCCAUGGAUAAUUGGAUAAAAGCAGUGCAACGUUCCUUGAAUUGGUACAGCCAGACAUCAUACUAAUGGAAGAGUUCACUUUUUUGAAAUGGCCAUCGAUUAAUGAAACCUUAGAAUUUAUAGAACAAUAAAAACUAACCCAACACUUUUUUAUGGAGUUUACACUUGGUUCUGUUGAAUUUCAGCAGCCUCCCUACUUCUGUUAGAUCAGUUACUACUGCAUUUUGACCCAUCAUAUCCUCCUUGCUAUACCUGUUGAUCAGCUGCAGCAGCCAUGUCCCUUUGGUGACAUGAGGGUGCACAAGAACCUUGAACGCCACUGCCAUGUGUGGAGCAUAAGGUGAUUCAUGAUCUCUGGGGUCUAAGGACACUUAUCCCAGUUAUGGUGAACAAAGGUGGGGAAAUGUGGCAAAAGAUACUUCUUGUUUGCCUUUGUCAGAUGGAGAUUUGAUUACUAUAAUAUGCUCUGCAGUGGGAUACACUUUGAGAUCAUUUACAAUCUUAACCUAAUGCAGAAUAUAGCUGUCUUCUUAUUGGCAAGGCAUUCUCCAUGAGGGGUUGUUCUCUACUUUGGAACUCCGUUCUCCUCCCUUGGUUUGAAAGCCUGAAUUUCUUAACCUUCAGGGCAUGCUGAAAAAUCAUUGUAUUUUGAUGGGCAUUUCUGGAAAGAACAGGGUGAUUGCGUGUGGCAUUUUAUUACUUAUGGUGGACUUCAUUUAAUAUGGGUACUUUAUGUAUGAGUAUGUGUUGCUGACUCUGAGCUAUUAUGUUACAUCUUAAUUGACUAGACAGAAUCUAUAUUUGUAAUGAGUUUUUUAUCCAUAGUGUGUGUUAUUUUGUACAGUGCCUAGAGCUUAGGUACUAUAUUAAGUCUAAAUAUAAAUACUGUGGAUCAGUACUACAUGAAAUUGUUUCUAUGCUUUUUAUAGCUAACCGUUCUUAUCUGAUAUGCAGCUCAGCAGAUCUUUAAUUUUGUAAUAAAAGACAACCUUAUUGCACUGUUAAUUAAUGCAAAUAGCAGUCAAAAGUAAUUACAUAUUGUAUCCUAUUUUUUUUUCAAAAAGUAUAUGUAUUGUGACAGUGUUGGGCCAGAUGGCUACAGGAGAGUGAUAGAAGGCAGAUGUAUUAGCCCCAGGUUAAGUAGGUCCCUUUUCCCUGGGUAAGGUAACAGGGAAGGUUCCAGAACAAUCAGGAACUUUCUGGAAACAAUUAAGGCAGACAAGCUGAUUAGAACACCUGCAGCCAAUCUUGAAGCUGCUAGAAUCAAUUAAGGCAGGCUAAUCAGGGCACCUGGGUUUAAAAAGGAGCUCAUUUCAGUUUGUGGUGUGUGCGAGGAGCUGGGAGCAAGAGGCGCAAGAAGCUGAGAGUGAGAAGUAUAAGCAUUAUCAAACAACAGGAGGAAGGUCCUGUGGUAAGAAUAAAGAAGGUGUUGGGAGGAGACAAUGGGGAAGUAGCCCAGGGAGUUGUAGCUCUCACACAGCUGUUAAAGGAGCCACUGUAGACAGCUGCCAUGCACAGGGCCCCGGGCUGGAACCCAGAGUAGAGGGCAGCCCGGGUUCCCCCCCAUCCCUCCAUUCCCCCAACUCCCUGCUUGAUACCGGAGGAGUUGAACUGGACUGUGGGUUCCACCAGAGGGAAAGGUCUCUGGCCUGUUCCCCGAUCCACUAGGUGGAUGAGCAGAGACUGCGGGGAUUGUUCUUCCUUUCCCCAUGCUGGCCAGUGAUGAGGCUAACUGAGGGAAUGGCUGAUUUGAGCCACGAAAGUGGCCAAACUGAGGGCUGCCGUGAACCUCUGAGGUGAGAAAAUCCACCAAUAAGCGCAGGACCCACCAAGGCAGAGGAGGAACUUUGUCACAGUAUUAAUGUUUUCUAAGCCAUCAUUAUUAAAUUAUAUUGUGCUAAAGCAGAGCCAAACAUGCUUUGUUUUUGAAGACAUCCUUUACUAUUACUAUUUUUAAAACUAGAAUAAAAAUUAUAAUGAAUAUAACAGAGUAAAUUAUAAUUUAUAGCAGCAUCUAGCUACAAUUAAGAGUCUUUAAUAAUUUUCAUUAUCACCCCUUUUUGUCAGGAGUAGCUCAGCUGCAAAAUGUAUUCCAAUCUUAACACUCUUUAAAAAAUUAAAACUUACUAGCUCUUGA